AUGAGAUUCACAAACAGCAUCAGCUGGGCCGCAGUGGCCCUCUGUGCCUCUACGACCUCUGCGUUACAAGUCAAUACCGAUACCACCACCAGUGGUGACGGUGGUGUCAACUACAUCAGAGAUGGUCUUUUCAUCGAGCCCGAUGUGUACUUCCUUGUCACCAGUUCCUCUUCCACCAGAAUUGGCGGUGACAUCAACAACAAGGGUCAAUUCUUCGUCGAGUCCUCUGACGGUCUUACCGCCAGUGUGGUGCUUUCUUCGGGAAGUCUUGACAAUUCCGGUGACAUUAUCUUCAACGGCACCAACUCGCUUCUUGGUACCUACUACAACUUGGACGCCUCCAGAGACUUCAUCAACAGCGGCAACAUCUGGUUGCAGUUGAAGAACUCCAACCUUUUCUCCCCCAUCUCGCUCACCAGUGGUAACCUCUUCAGCACUGGUGAAUGGGAGAACACGGGAAGAAUCCACUUGAUCCAGGAGCAGGGUGCUCCAUCCACGGUGACCAUCACCGCCAACUCGGGUGAAGUGAAAAACGAAGGUACCAUCUGUCUUGAGAACAUCAACUGGUCCCAGUCGGUCAGCAUCGAAGGUGAAGGAUGUGUUAAUGUUGGUGACGGUGCCGUGAUGACGCUUGCCACUUUCGGCUACACCACCAACGAAAACCAGAUCUUCUACCUCGACGCCUCCAACUCGCUGGUUUUGGUCGCCUUGGACUCCAACAACGAGGCCCAGAGAACCUACACCGUCGGUGGUUUCGGUAACGGCAACAAGAUCAGAACCAACCUCGGUUUCUCCGACUGGUCCUACUCCGACGACACCUUGUCGCUCAUUGGUAUUUUCGAGCUUUUCAAGAUUAACAUCAAGAUCGGCGAGGGCUACGACCUUAGUGACUUCAGAACCAGCUCCGGUGGAAGCGGAGGCUCUUACAUCUCCUACACUGGCGCUGUUCCAGCCGGCGACACUCCUCCAGACAAGUGUUUGUGUGCUGAUCCUCCAGAGGAGCCCACCGAUACCAGUGCUGCUUCUUCUGCCACUGAGCCAGCUUCUACUGAGCCUGAGUCGUCUACUACCACUCCAGACGAUGAGGCUACUUCUUCUGCUGACAACGACGAUGACGAGAUUACCACUACUUUUGAGACUACUGACUCGGACGGUAACCCAACCACUGAGUCUGGUGUGGUGAGUACUGGUACUGAUUCGAAUGGCGACCCUACCUCAUCGACCUCUUUGUUCCCUGGUGAUGGUGAUGAUGGAGACGAUGGAAUUACCACCACUUUUGAAACCACUGAUUCCGAUGGAAAUCCUACGACUGAGUCUGGCGUCGUUUCUACCGGUACAGACUCAAACGGUGACCCUACUUCCUCUACUUCCCUCUUCCCAGGCGAUGGAGACGACGGAGAUGAUGGAAUCACUACUACCUUCGAAACGACCGAUUCUGACGGAAACCCAACCACGGAGUCUGGCGUGGUGAGCACUGGAACUGACUCCAAUGGCGACCCUACCUCCUCCACUUCCUUGUUCCCUGGAGACGGCGACGAUGGAGCUGACGAUGGUAUUACUACAACCUUCGAGACUACCGACUCCGACGGCAACCCUACCACCGAAUCCGGCGUUGUCUCCACUGGUACCGAUUCCAACGGUGAUCCAACAUCUUCAACCUCCCUCUUCCCUGGUGACGACAACGACGGAGACGACGGCAUCACCACUACUUUCGAGACUACCGACUCAGACGGUAACCCAACCACCGAGUCUGGUGUGGUCUCCACCGGCACCGAUUCUGAUGGAAACCCUACCUCGUCCACCUCUCUCUUCCCAGGUGACGACGAUAACCAGGACGGUGUGACCACCACCUUUGAAACUACCGAUUCUGACGGUAACCCCACAACCGAAUCCGGCGUGAUCAAGACCAGCACCGACGCCGACGGCAACCCAAUCACCUCCACGUCCCUCUUCCCCGGCGACGACGACGGAAAAACCACCACGUUCGAAACCACCGAUGCCGACGGAAACCCAACUACCCAAUCGGGCAUCAUCGGCGUCUCCACAGACUCCAACGGCGACUGGCAGACCUCCACCUCCUUGUUGCCUGACGAAAACGAACACACGACUUCCUGGACCACCACAGACUCCGACGGAAACCCCGUCACCAACUCCGGUGUGGUCAAGGAAACCACCGAUGCUGAUGGAAACUUGAUCACCACUACUUCCCAAUUCGACCCUACCGAGUACAUCACCACCGUUUGUGACACCGACGACGCCGGCAAGGUCCACACCAAAACCGUAUAUGUCUGUGACACCUCGGACGAGGCUGGCUCCAAGUCCAAGGUCACCGGUGCCAUAGUCAAAACCACCAUCCACGGCGUGGUCACCGAGUACACCACCUACUGUCCUCCCGCCAGCACCCAUGUGUCUGAGCACGAGACGGUGGAGAACGGCAAGACCAGAACCGUCACCAAGACCGAGAUUGUCCAGGUGGACGUUUGGGGCCACAAGCACACUUCUUCUGUGGCUGGCGAGCCUUCUACUGCUGGAAAGCCUUCUGGUAAGCCUUCUGUGGUGACUUCGCCUGUGGAGACCAAGGAGGGUGGUGCUUCUUCUGCUCCAGCUGCCUCGAGAAUCAGCACCUACGAGGGUGGAGCUGCUUCUCCGUUCUUGAGCCUCGGUUUGGCUUUCCCUCUUGGCCUCUUGGCUCUUCUUUAA